AUGUGGACGUUUUUAUGUAUAGCAAGCUUUACAUAUGUGUGUAAGAAGUGUGAGUGGUUAGUAUAUUUAGCUCAUAAAGAGUAUUUUAUUACAGCUCUGGUGUUUCUGACUGUUGGAGUGAUUCUCUCUGUUUACUGGUACAAUAUAUUACAUUUACCUCUGGAUUUAUUAUCAACUUUACCUUUCAUUAAAAACAGCUUCAACAAGUCAGAGGCUUCAGCAACUAACAAGGCAAGUUCACGGCGAAAGAGAAUGGCAAAAAGAAAAGCACUGAACACUGAUGGCACCUCAGACCACAUUUCCUCUGCUGAUCCAGAACCAGAUAUCAUCAUCGUGGGCGCUGGUGUGCUGGGCUCAGUCAUGGCUGCUGUGUUGGCACGAGAAGGUCGCAGAGUUACUGUGGUGGAGAGGGAUCUGCAUGAGCCAGACAGAAUUGUGGGGGAACUUUUACAGCCAGGUGGUUAUCGGGCACUUAAAGAGCUGGGGCUGGAGGAUGCAGCAGAAGGCCUGGAUGCCCAUGUGAUCUGUGGGUAUGUAAUUCACGACACAGAGAGCCAUACAGAUGUGGAGAUCCCAUACCCAAAGAACGAGUGUGGUGUUCAGAGUGGCCGAGCUUUUCACCACGGUCGCUUCAUCAUGGGUCUACGACGGGCUGCUCUCAGGGAACCCAAUGUGACCUUUGUGGAGGGUACAGUGACCAGUCUGGAGGAGGAGGGGGAUUGUGUGACGGGCGUUCAGUAUCGUGAAAAGGACACUGGGAAAAUCAAAGUGAUCCACGCUGCAUUAACUGUAGUUGCUGAUGGCUGUUUCUCCAAGUUUCGUAAAAGUCUUGUGUCUGGGAAGGUCAAGAUCUCCUCCCAUUUUGUUGGCUGCAUAAUGAAGGAUUGUCCCCAGUUUAAAGCAAACCACGCAGAGCUGGUCUUGGCCAACCCCAGUCCAAUAUUAAUCUACCAGAUCUCCUCCAAUGAAACCAGAGUGUUGGUGGAUAUCAGGGGAGAAAUGCCACGAGACCUGUCAGGGUACAUGGUGGAGAAAAUUCAUCCUCAGCUUCCAAAGCACUUACAGGAGCCGUUUAUGGUCGCUCUGCAAAAUGACCGGUUGAGGACAAUGCCUGCCAGCUUCCUGCCACCUUCAGCAGUUAAUAAACCUGGGGUCCUUUUACUGGGAGAUGCCUACAACAUGAGGCAUCCUCUUACUGGAGGAGGAAUGAGUGUGGUGCUCAACGAUGUCCGGAUCUGGAGAUCACUGCUCAGAAACAUUCCAGAUCUGUAUGAUGAUAACGCCAUGCUUAAGGCUAAGAAGAAAUUCUACUGGGAGCGCAAAUCAUCUCACUCAUUUGUGGUGAAUGUGCUGGCACAGGCUCUGUAUGAGCUGUUUGCUGCAACAGAUGAUUCUGUUCACCAGUUAAGAAGUGCCUGCUUCCACUACUUCAAACUGGGUGGAGAAUGUGUUAAUGGACCAAUAGGACUGCUCUCUGUGUUAAUGCCCAGGCCCAUGACUCUGAUCGGGCACUUUUUCGCCGUGGCUUUGUACGCCACCUACUUCACUUUCAAAUCUGAGUCGUGGCUGAUGAAACCGCGGGCCUUGGUGAACAGUGGAUGUAUUCUUUACCGUGCUUGUACCAUCAUGUUUCCCCUCAUCUAUUCAGAAAUGAAAUACCUUGUGUUCUAAUCCACGAUGAUCUGAAGUUCAUUUGCCUUAAGACUGUUACCACACCCGUGCUACACUGAGUAGAUAUUAAAAAGCAGCUCAAUGUAAGGAUCACCUUGAUCACCUACUGAAGAGAAAAGAAAAACCCAACUAAAGGUGUUAACAAGCUGCCAGCGAAGCUUCAGUGCACCCUGGCAUUGAUUCUUUAACUCUCUGGAACUGAAGACAUGAAACACAAUUCUUCCAAAAGAUCCUCCAUGGUGGUGAAGAGCGCUGUCUGAUCUUUUAAAUCAAUCAAUCAGUAGAAAAAGUGAAUCCCAACUAUGCUGACAAAAUGCCCCCCAAGGCACAAUAGCAGCACUUUGUCCUCUCGCUGUAGGGGUAUUCAGGCCUGUUUUUGUUAUAUGGAGUACACCACAAGUUCCAGUUUUCUGUGCCACAGUAAUGAAUAAUAUUUUACCGUUACUUAGAUUUUGUUCCUCGUCCCAUCUUGAACUUCUAAAUGACAGAUGAAGACAGAAUCUGCACUCAUUGUUUUUCCACUUAAGAGUUUUGCUUUAAUUUAUCACCAUGCUGUACAAGAAAUAAUCCACCACAGUGCUGGAGAGCGCAGUGGCCUAUCACGCAAGCAACCACCACUGUGAUCCGGGUUUGAAUCUCAUCGUUGCUACUGGCCGGCCAGACAUCUACACAGCCACGAUUGGCCAUGUCAGAGAAGGAAGGAUGGCCGAAGCUCUGCGAUGGAUGGGUGCUCUGUCCACCUUGUUCCUGCCUUGUGCCCAGUGUUUCCCGAUGAUACUAGACCAGCCACGACAUCUACCAGGAUAAACCGGUUGAUGAAAUGGAAAUGAAAUGCAAAUAAAACAAAGACUACACAAACAAAGAAACGAUAAAUGAGUCCAAAGCAACUAUGCAGCUGAUGAACAAUUAAUUAAUAGCAGUAAGUAGAAGCCGAUCUGUUGAUGCUCACUUAUUGUUUGACCAUUCAGAACUGAAAUGAAUCUCCAGUGCUUACUCUUUCCUGGCAUUGCUGACCAUCCCAAAGUCAUUAUUCCUAACUUCAGUCCGUCUGAGAGCUUGAUACCUGCUCAGGUCCCGCCACAUGCCCGACGGUCUGGCCGUCUCCACUGGAGGCAUGACCUGCCAAGGAAAAUAGGGCCAAGGUGUAGUGCUCAGGUACGCCUGCAUCCUCUCGAAACUCAUCCAAGGUCGUGCGCUGACCUGAUAGUGAGAAGAAAAGGACCACAGGUUCUGAAGCAGCUGUAACUCAUGGAGAGAUGAAGCAGACACGGAGGUCAGGAGGUUUUCCAGUCCUAGAGCACGAGGUCCAGAGCUGUUCUUCGGGGAACACAUCAGGCAGUGCUUUCUUUCACACGUUCUCAUCUCUCACUACUGUUAAUAAACAAGUUAAUUAAUCUGCUUAAUGAGUAAAAAUAAACGCAGUUUAAACACCA